AUGGAUCCUGAUAGCAAGAGAUUUGGAAGAGGACCAAGAGAACUUACGGGUGCAGUGAAUCUUAUUAGCCAUUACAAGUUGUUGCCUCACCAUGAGUUUUUCUGCAAGAGAUCACUUCCCAUAUCAAUUUCCGACUCACAUUACCUUCACAAUGUGGUUGGAGACACAGAAAUAAGAAAAGGAGAAGGGAUGCAAUUGGAUCAGCUCACUCAGGAUACAUCUUUUUUACGAGAGACUAAUGUUACGAUACAGCCAUUUGACUUGGAUGUUCUCAGAGAAGCCUUUCAAUUCAGGGAAAUGAUUCCAGUUGUACUACCACCUUCUGAGAAGGGUACUCCUGUGGUUGCCGGAAAAUCUAAAAAUGAGUCUAAAGAAAAGGAGAAGAAGCAUAAAAAGCACAAGGACAAAGAUAUGGAGAAAGAUAAAGAGCACAAGAAGCACAAGCAUCGCCAUAAAGAUCGAAGUAAAGACAAGGAAAAGGAGAAAAAGAAAGAUAAUGGCGGCCAUCAUGAUUCUGGCACUGAUCACUCAAGGAAACAUCAUGAGAAGAAAAGGAAGCAUGGUGGAGAUGAAGAUAUCAAUGACAUUCGCAAACACAAGAAAGUUAAGCACAAGAGCUCAAAAAUUGACGAGAUGGAUUAUCUGAGAAUUGUUUUUGGGCUUUCUAAAGAUUGCCCUAGAAGCGAGAACCCUCGAGAUAGUUUAUGCAUGAGAUAUGAUUAUAUGUCGGGGGCUGAUUUUGGGUCAGGAGAAUACUUCGUGUCCUUGUCAGUUGGAUCACCUGCACAAAAAGUUGUCCUGAUAGCCGACACAGGGAGUGACUUAACUUGGGUGAAAUGUAAUUAUUGGUGCAAUAGCACUAGCUGUGGGGAAAAAUCUCGAAAGCUGAGAAUUUUUCGUGCGGAUCAAUCGACGUCUUUCAAUACCGUGCCCUGCUCUUCAGGAAUGUGCAAGAAUGAGCUUACAGAUCUCUUCUCUAUUCCUGAACAGUGCCCUUCUCCUCAUACUCCUUGCGCCUAUGAAUACAGGUACUUGAGCGGACAGCCUACAUAUGGAAUCUUUGCUAAUGAGACGAUAACAUUUGAUCAGACGGACGGCAAAGAGGCUAAAAUCCAUAACAUGCUAGUUGGAUGCAGCUACCCUUCCGAUUUUGAAAAAUACCAGGCGGUUCAUGGUCUCAUGGGGCUUGGAUAG